AUGACCAGACACAAGGCUAUUGCAAAGAGUGGCUUGCCAGUAGCCAGUAUCCAUGUCGGAGGAACAGCAGAUACUGGACCUGCUCGGUCUGGAAACCUGACAUUUAUGGUGGGAGGAGUUGAAGAUGAAUUUGCUGCUGCCAAAGAGUUGCUGGAGUGCAUGGGCUCUGAUGUGAUGUACUGUGGAGCUGUUGGAACUGGGAAGUCUGCAAAGAUCUACAACAACAUGCUGUUGGCUAUAAGCAUGAUUGGAACCACUGAAGCUAUGAAUCUUGGAAUCACGUCAGGGCUUGACCCAAAAUUGUUGGCUAAGAUCCUGAAUAUGAGCUCUGGACAAUGUUGGUCCAGUGACACUUACAAUCCUGUGCCUGGGGUGAUGGAUGGAGUCCCCUCAUCUAAUAACUAUCAAGGUGGAUUUGGAACAACACUCAUGACUAAGGAUCUGGGAUUGGCUCAAGACUCUGCCACUAGCACCAAGACCCCAAUUCUUCUAGGAAACCUGGCCCACCAAAUAUACAGGAUGAUAUAUGCCAAAGGCUACUCAAAGAAAGACUUCUCAUCUGUGUUCCAGUAUCUGUGGGAGGAGGAGACCUUCUGA